AUGACGAGACGCUCCAAGAUCGCCGGUGCCGGCGUGCUUGCCGGUCUAUGGACGGCUGGUACGGCCGUCGGUCAAAGUUGCCCGGACUACUCGACAUACGCCAUGAAUGCGCACGCGCCUCUAAGCAACGGCUCCUACCAACUGGGAUACAUGCGGCCGGACCCCGCAUGUCGCACCUUUAACUUGACCGAAGUCGAGUCUACAAUCACGUCGAUGGCGAGGAGCAUCUCCGAUCCGGACCUGUACCGGCUCUUUGUCAAUGCCUUCCCCAACACGCUGGACACGGCCAUCCGCUGGAAGGGUGUGGCAGCUGAGAAUGCCGACGAGGAGCUGACAUUUGUCAUUACUGGCGACAUUGAUGCCAUGUGGCUGCGCGACUCGUCGAACCAGAUGCAGUCGUACCGCUCGCUGCUCAAGGCGUCCUCGGACCCCAACAGCCUCGCAUCGCUGUACCGCGGUGUCAUCAAUCUGCAGGCCCGCUACCUUCUUGAGUCGCCUUACUGCAACAGCUUCCAACCGCCGGUGGAGUCGGGCAUCGCGCCGGCCACGAAUGGUGCCGCCAAAGACGACACAGUCACGCCACCGUACGACUCCACCAAAGUCUUUGAGUGCAAGUACGAGCUUGACAGUCUGGCUGCUUUCCUCGAGGUGUCUUCAGACUACUUUACUGCCACGGGUGACACGGCCUUCUUCGGAAAAUUCAAGUGGCUCCAGGCGCUCCAGGCCGUCCUCCAAACGGCCACGUCCAUGAUGACGCCGACAUACGGUGACAACGGGACCGUUCUUACGUCGCCAUACACGUUCACUCGGAUGACCACGCGCAGUACGGAGACACUCGCAAAUAAUGGCCUGGGAAGCCCCGUGGCGGCCAACACGGGUCUCAUUCGGUCGGCAUUCCGCCCCAGCGAUGACAGCACGCUGCUGCAGCUGUUCAUCCCGGCCAAUAUGAUGUUUUCGCACUACCUUGAGCAGACGGCUAAAAUCGUGGACAAGCUCGGUUCUGCCGCGCCCAAGGGUCUUGGCGCCCAGAUGCAUAGCCUUGCUUCUUCGCUCCGCAACGCCAUCCUGCGCCACGGCAUCGUGGCCGACACCAGGGCCGGCACCGUCGGCGCUCCAGUGUACGCGUACGAGGUCGACGGCUACGGCUCGUCCAUCAUCAUGGACGACGCCAACAUUCCAAGCCUGCUGUCGGCGCCCUUUUUUGGCUUUACGAGCAUCAGCGACCCCGUCUACCAAAGCACACGCGCUGCGAUCCUUUCCGAGACGCCGCGGCCAGGCCCGAGCCAGUACAACAGCAACCCGUACUUUAUGCACGGGCCUGUGAUCAGCGGCGUCGGCGGACCCCAUCAAGGCCCGGGCUAUGCGUGGCCCAUGGCCAGCAUCGUGCGCAUCCUGACGUCAGACGACGACGACGAGAUUGUGGACCAGCUGCAUACGCUUGUCAGCAGCACGUCCGGCCUGGGCCUCAUCCACGAAAGCGUCAACACAUUCGAUCAGAGCAAGUGGACACGGCAAUGGUUCUCAUGGGCCAACGGCCUCUUUGGGCAGAUGAUGCUCGAUCUCAAGGAGCGGAAGCCGUCUCUUCUCAAGCGCAGCUACCAGCCAUAG